UCAUAGUUCAACAUUCUUGAUGCUAGCAAGUGAAUAUAAUAGUUCUAUAUUGCAAUUUCAGUUUCGAAUCAACUUACUAGUCAGAUUGGCUAUCGUCAACUGCUUUAAAAUAUAACCAUGAGCAUAUUGAUUUGUUAAUAUGUUUCCAUAACCAAAUCUCAUAAAUCAGUUUGAACAAUGAUGGACAUUCAUGUCUCAUCUGUUUCAACUAAUAUGACACCUGUUGUCUUCCUUUUUCCGAGAGAGCAGAAAUGGACCAGCAAAAUGAUCAGAGCACUGAUGGAGAGAAUGAAGACUUGGAGCUGCCACAAUUUGAGUUCUCUAAAAUAGUCAAUGCAACCAACAACUUUUCAAUAAAAAACAAAUUAGGCCAGGGAGGUUUUGGACCUGUCUACAAGGGUACACUAGAAGAUGGACAAGAAAUUGCUGUGAAGAGGUUAUCAAUAUGCUCCGGACAAGGAUUAAAAGAGUUCAAAAAUGAAGUUAUACUGAUUAACAAGCUACAGCACCGAAAUCUUGUAAAGCUUCUUGGAUGUAGCAUUCAAAGAGAGGAAAAACUUCUGGUGUAUGAAUAUAUGCCGAACAAAAGCCUGGACUCUUUCCUUUUUGAUCAGACAAAAAGUAAACUGUUAGACUGGUCUAAGCGGUUCAACAUUAUCUGCGGGAUCGCCCGGGGGCUUUUGUAUCUUCAUCAAGAUUCAAGAUUGAGGAUUAUACAUAGAGAUCUGAAAUCAAGUAACGUUUUACUUGACAAGGACAUGAACCCAAAAAUUUCUGAUUUCGGUUUGGCUAGAACUUUCGGAGGCGAUCAGACUGAAGGAAACACAAAUAGAGUAGUUGGCACCUAUGGUUAUAUGGCACCAGAAUAUGCUACUGAUGGACUCUUCUCAGUGAAAUCUGAUGUCUUUAGCUUUGGUAUCAUGUUGCUAGAAAUAGUAACUGGAAAGAAAAGUAGAGGGUUUUACCAUCCAGAUAACAACCUAAGCCUCAUAGGAUAUGCAUGGAAAUUGUGGAAAGAAGGCAAACCAUUAGAAUUGGUUGGUGGAUUGGCCGACGAGUCAUGGAAUCUAUCAGAAGUCAUGAAAUGUUUCCACAUUAGCCUGUUAUGUGUUCAACAAUACCCUGAGGAUAGACCAAGCAUGGCCUCAGUGGUUUUGAUGUUAGGUGGAGAGAAGACAUUGCCAAAGCCAAAAGAACCAGGCUUCUUUAAGGAUAGAGGUCCUGUUGAAGCAUAUUCUUCAUCCAGCAAGGUGGAAUCAUCUUCAACCAAUGAAAUUUCAACCUCAGUCUUGGAACCUCGGUAGUGACUUUGUAAUUUUUCCUUCUAGACUUGGUAUUAAACGAUGUUUCAAUCACUGUCCAUAUUGGAUUGUCAGCUGCAGUAGUUCUAGUUCGGAUUUGUGGCUGAAAUGGGUCUGCUCUAUAUCGUGUUUUUGACAUUACUACUGGUUGUAAGUUACAGAAAACGUAUACUGCCAUUACUUUUCUUA